CGUACACCUCCCUCAACACGGGCAACAUGCCCCCCCUCCCGCCGCCCGACCUUCCCCUCAAUGCUCUAGUACAAGUCACCGCCGGUCGUGGGCGUAUACGAUACAUUGGAUCGCCUGCCUUUGCCCCUGGUAAAUGGAUCGGUGUUGAGCUGUUUGAGCCUAAUGGGAAGAACGACGGGAGUGUGGAUGGGAUACGGUAUUUUGGGUGUACACAGGGGCAUGGAGUGUUUGUUAGGAGUGCACAGGUCAAGUUGAUCGACGAACAGGUCACACCUACCCCUCAACCACGCUCAUCACGUCCAACGUCUCGCACCGCUGCACCACCACCAAGUGCACUCCGCACAAACCAGCGCAACUCCAUCUCAGCGCCGUCAUCCUCUACCGCCACUCCCCCACCAGGCCGGCUCGCACCACCGGUCUCACUAGCGCGCACACUCUCGACGCAGUCUAUCACCCGCACGCAGGCUACCCAGGCACUCCCUCUUUCCCGCACCGCUGCCUCCUCACCUGCACUCCCAAAACCCCAGAGGACCUCCUCUUCCAGCUCACUAGCGUCCCGUGCAGCCAGCCCUCCCAAGCCUGCAGUCCCGCGCACAGUCCCCCGUCCAACUCCCACCACCCCCCGCGCAGUCCCCUCAGUCCCAGUAAGACGCAGCACCCUCCAAACCCCUCUCUCCACACGCACGCACUCCCCCUCCCUAUCCAGCACCUCCGCCGCACGUUCACGUUCCCCCCCUCCCUCCGCCGUGCGUAUCCAGGAAGAACCCAUCACGGCCGUUGCUCUCCCCCCAGCGGAAGAAGACGAAGAUGACUCGCCCUCUUCCGUGCAGGAGCAGCCGCCAGCCCCCGCAAGACCAGAACACAGUCCUAUCCUCCGCCGCGUAGGGCAGAGUCCAGUGCUCGAGCACCGAACGCGCACCGAAGACCCAGCACCCUACUCCCCCGCUGUCCGGCGCUCCCCUUCCCCCCCAGUACAUACGCACCGGGAAGUUGAUGAGUUGAGAGCUAAGGUGAGGGUGCUGGAAGUGAAGAGGGCGGAUGAUGCGGGUAGGAUUAGGGAGCUGGAGACUAGGCUAGGGGAUGCAGAGCAGUUCGUGGCGUUGAGGCCUAAGCUACAAGCAAAGCUCACUUCGCAGCAGACGGAGCUUGUCGAGCUCCGUCGCACGGUCAAAGACCUCAAUGUAGAGAAGGAAACGCUCGAAUCCCGCGUGCAGGAGGUGAACGACCAGCUGGAGAUGGCACUGCUGGACAAAGAAGUAGCGGAAGAACGUGCUGAGACCGCCGAGUCGGAGAUGGAGGACAUCAAGGAGCGCCUGGCGGAAUCAGAGGUUGAGAGGGAGAUGUUGAGGGAGGAGAAGGCGCUUGUUGAUGGGGAUGAAGAGGAAGUGGAGGAAGGGAAACGGAGCUUGGCUUAUGUCCAGCUUGAGAAGCAUAAUGAGCGGUUGAAGGAGGCGCUCCUUAGACUCAGGGAUAUCGCCCAGGAGAGCGAGAGGGAGCAGAGGAAGAAGAUCAACGAGCUCGAGCGGGAGGUCGCUUCUGUUGAAGAUAUCCAAUCGCAAUACGAGAUGACCCUAACCAAGCUCGACAACGCCGAAGCGCAGAUUGACGACCUCAAAGCCCAGCUUGAUGCUUCCCUUGGAGCGGAGGAUAUGGUCAUGCAGCUGACGGAGCGGGUGAUGGCGCUCUCCGAAGAGCUCGCAGAGAAAGAAAUCGUGAUCGAAGACUACGAGACGCUCAAAGAGCUGAAUGAAGAGCUCGAAGAGACGCAUUUGGAGUCUGAGAAGCAGCUGCAGGAGGACUUGGAGGCGCGAGGUUCGGAGCUGAGGAGUGCACUGGCUAGGCUCGAGGACCAGCAGGAUCAGAUCAUGGAGUAUGAGAAUACGAUCCAGCAGUUCCGGGAUGCAGUGCUCACUCUACAGGCGGACAUCGAGUACCUCCGGAAUCAGCAAACGACACACGCCAGCGAAGCACAAGCGUUGUCCAGUCAAAGCCAGGCUAUCCUGGCUCUUAACAUGAAGCUUCAAACGACGGUCGCGAAAAACCAAGCGAAGAACAUCGACCUCGAGCUCCGCAGGCUCGACGCUUCCCAAGCGAAAGAGCACCUGCAGAUCGUCCAGCUGUUCUUGCCACAGGCGUACUUUGAGGCUGAUGCCGAUGCGACCGCUUGCUACCUGUUCUUUGAGAGGCUGGCGUAUAAGGCCGAGCUGAUCAAUGCUGUCGUUGCGCAGAAGUAUAACUUACCUGAGAGUCUCACCCAGGAUGUCUCGGAGAGUCUUGUUGGCGUUUGCGAGAUGCGAGGCCGUAUCGCCCAUCUCUCUGGCCUAUGCCGCAGGUUCGUAGCCGUGCUGAAACGCUGCGAUCCCGAGGUGUUCGUCAAGGCCGGAAGUCUGUUCCCGGAGAUUGCAGGUAUGGAGAAACGCGUGGAUAUGCAUAUCGAGCGGCUGAGGCGGGAGGAGUUCAAGGAAGAAGACUGUGUGAGUGAUGUAUCCAAGAUGCUGACACAGUUCGAGCAUCUCGCCGAGACGUUCUUUGCCGGAUUCCACUUUGCGCUCGGAGAGCAAGAGCUCGAUCUGGCGUUCUCGAUCGACUAUGACCUGGAUACGUUCAUCGCUUCCCUGGGACUUGUGCAGCAUGCUGUUUCUUCGGCGAUGCAGGAUCCUGAAAUCGUCUUCGACCCGGAUGAUCUGGAACUUGAGACGGUCCUCUUCGAGCCUCUGAACGGUGUGCUCGCCCAGGCCAGAAACGCACGUACUGCUGUCAGGAAAAUUGUCACUCGGAUCCAGGAUCUCGUGAAUGAUAAAGCGGCUUUGCGGUCGAACUUGAUCCCUACGCUUGGUGGCUUGACCGAACACAUGAGCAAGACGAUCGACUUCGGCAUUCAGCUUGCGCAAAGGGUCAGCAUGCAUGUCAUGGAUAUCCGAAGUGCGAAGGAGGUACUCCAUCUCUCUCAAGUUGUGACUAUGAUCAGAAGCGUGGCGAACGAGGCUCUUGGGAAGCGUGACGCUUCGUGGGACGCUGUCUCUGAGACGUUGCGUGACCUGGCCAACGAGGCUGCUGCGUUCCUGCCUGUCACUAUGGAAGCCGAUAGUAUUUUGCGAAUUACCGGCAACGCCCCUUGGAUUCCUCGGGUGGAAGAGAUUCGCGCCAAGGCUGCCGUCAAUCUCGAGGCUGAACGUGAGGUCGCUCUUCUCAAGGAACAAAUUGGCGAGCUGCAGCGCGUGAUCAAGACCAAGGAUCAAAUCAUCCAAGAGGGUGGCGUCAAGAUGGAACUGAUGGACCGGCGAAUGGAAUCACUUAAGAAACAGGCGGAAAUUAUCACCAACCUAGAGGCUGAACUGGCCAAGCUCCGCAAGUCAGAAGCGUCAUAUCAGGAAUCACUUGAGCAGAUUCAAUCUGAACUGGACGCAGCCGAACAAGAAAUCGCGAAACUGAAAACCAAUGGGGCUUCAGCUGACCGGAGCUUCAACCUCGGAGAAGGGGAUCUCUUGAUUGCCGAAGGAACUUUGGAAACCUCUCAGUUGAUUGAACAAGUCGACUCACUCAAGGGAGCGCUCCGUUUCCUGCGAUCGGAGAACUCUUAUCUCAAAGGACAAGGUCUUCUCAAGGAAGUGAACUCCUUACCCCCACUGGAACCCGUCUUAUCUGCACGCGCUCCGAUACUGGAUGUGCUGCAACCUCCAAGUCUUGUUGCAGACAAUGCAGACUCUGACACCGAAUCCGAUCGACUUGCUACUCCACCAAGCACACGAACACUGGCGGAGGCCACGAAACAUCUGUACUCUGAUGUCCUUAUGCAUGCAGCAACGGCAAAGAUGGUCGAUCUGUCGAAGAUGGGACCUGAUGAUGGUCUGAAAUGGCGAAGGAGGAAAGAUACGCCGGCUUAUCAACUAGCGGAACGUCGACGAGAGCGCGAUCUGCUGGAUCGCAGAGUCAAGGGUUUGAUGAAGCAAGCGACUGCUGCCCUCCAUACUGUCUAAGUUACAUGAUCUUAUGUUUCCUUUAUGUGGUCUACCAUCCUUUAUAUGCGAUACCAAGUACAAAUUGUGUUACCCACCGUAUCUUAUGGAUCACG